AUGGCCGUGUGCCGGCUCGUGUGCGUCGCCGUCUUCUCUUACCUCCUGGUCCUGUCAGCUCACCGCGUUGCCGACAAGCGACUGCUGCACGAGGCCGACAGCUUUCUGACUCGACGUCACGGAGCCAGGGAGUCUGAGCAGGAGAAGCGAACCGAAGCACCGCUUGCUGCCCUCGGAGUGCAGGAGACAUCCAACGACACCCGAACGGAUGUCAAGGUCGGCCUGCCGAAGUGUUCAAACGGCAGCCUCCAGCUCGACGGAGUCUACGAGGUGAAGGAUCAGGAGGAGGUGGUCCUCGUGGAGGAGCCUUCGUGCCGGGUGAUGGGCAGUGCCCAGCUGCUCCUCUCGACCCCCGUGCAAUUCCAGGGCAACGCGGUCUUCGCAGGGAACCUCAGCGUAAAGGCCGUCGGCGACGGCAAGAUGCAGGGCCCGUGCAUCACCGUGAAGGGCAACUUGACAUUACAGCCCGAAGCACACCUCAGCCUUGAGGGCGGCGGGUUGGAGGAGGAGGAAGAGGAGGAGGAGGACGAGGAGGAGGAAGAGGAGGAGGAAGAGGAGGAGGGCGGGUGGGAGGAGGAGGAUGAGGAUGCAGGCAGCUGCCUCCGUGUAGGCGGCGAUGCCGAACUUCUGGGCGGCCACUUGCAGCUGAAUGGAUGCACAGCACUCAACGGGCGUGGAGGCGGUAUCGCUGUCGGAGGCCGGAUUCCGGCAUUUGCUGCUUUGUCCUAUAUAGAAAGACGCCGUCUUCGAACGCGUGCGCAUUGA